AUGUCAAGUGAAAAUGAUUUGGCUCAUCACUAUAAGGUGUUGAAGCAGUUUCUUGACAUAUCGGAUGAUCUGAACUCAAGAUCUCAAUCAAAUAGUAAUCGAGCUAUCAAAGCCAGAGAAAAAUUAUUGAAAUUAUCCCCUGCUCAAUUUAAAGAAUUAAGUACCGAUGUUUAUGAUGAAUUGAAAAGAAGAAUUGAUGAAUCGAGAGGUGAACCAGAUUUCUUAUUACCUAAAUCAUCGUUCCACCCAAAGAGAAAUCAAGCAAGACAUAAAUUAGCUUCUUUACCUCAAUCAAGAUUUAAAGAUUUGGUUUCUGAUAUUUCUUACGAAAUUGAAAGAAGAGAUUUGCAUACCCCUUCUAAUACAAGUCCUACUAAAUCAGAAUCUUCUAAUCAUAAUCAUCAAGAUUCAAUUGAUCAUUCUUCGCCAACUAAAUCAUUAAAUUCAAAUCAUCUGCAUAAUCAAAAUCAAAAUCAAUCAAUUAACAUACAACCUAAGACAGUUGUGCCUACCAAAGCAAAUUUAACUUGGUCAAGUGAUGAAGAAGAAGAAGAAGAAGAAGAAGGUGAUGAAGAAAAUAAAGCUGCUGCAGAUUUGAAAAAUGAUUUACAAAAUAAAAAUAUUAGUCAACGUUCUCUUCAUAGUAAUCAAUCUUCACAAUCUCAAGAUGUUAAAUUAUUAAUGGAAGAAGGCUCUAAAAUGGAUAAAUUAAUUACUGAAUUGAAAACUGAACUAAAUGAAUCUAAAAAUAGCUAUCAAGAAUUAUCAAAUAAUCAUCAAUCUUUACAAAAUGAAUUAGAUCAAUUAAUUGGUGAUAAAAAAUCUUUAAAUAAUCAAAUUGAAAACCUUCUAAUAGAAAAACAAAAUUGGAAAAGAAAUUCUCAACCCGAUGAAAACGUUUUAAAAGAAUUAGAUAAUUUAAAAUCAUUAAAUGCUUCAUUAAGAUUAGAAAAUCAAUCUUUAAAAAAUUCUCAUUCAAAAGAUAUCAAUCGUAAUUCCAAAAAUAUGUUAUCUUCAUCUCCUUCAAACUCUUUUGAUCAAUCAAAUGAUUUGAAAAAACAAUUGGAAAUCUUUUAUGAUAAAUUAUCUCAUUUAGAUAAUCCAAAUAUUAAUUCUAAUCCUAAUUUAUCUUUAAAUACUAAUGAACUAACUCAAUUGAAAAAUGAAGUCAUCAAAUGGCAAAAAAGAUAUGAAGAUUCUAGAUCAAAUAUUAUUAUUGCUGAUUUGGCUAAUUUAUCAUUUAGUGAUCAUGAAUUAAAAUCGUUGGUUUCUCCAACUGGGUUGGUUUCAAUGAAGUUGGUUGCGGAUUUACAAGCUUCAAUCGAAUCAUUCUUAUUAUAUAUUAAUGAAUCAUCUUUUGAUUCAGAUUUAUUAUUUGAUAAGAUUUCAAGAAUUUCUAUUUUAUCAAAUGAAGUUGCUACUCAAGGUGAUGCCGGUUCUUUAAAUUCAAAUGAACAAUCAGUUUGCCUUCGUGAAUCAACUAGUCAUGCAUUAACUGCAACUAGAUAUUUUGCUCUUUAUUCAUCCCUUUUACCAAAAAUUGUUAUUGAUCGUGCUUUAAGUGAAAUUUGUUUUACUCUUUGUGAUUUGGUUAGUGUUUCAAAAUUAAAUAGUGAAUCAAUUAAUUCAACCAUUAUAGAUUCAAGUAUUAUUCAAGCAAAUAAAAAUUUGAAUAAUAAUAAUAAAAAAAAAGAUGAAGUAAUGGUCAAACCUUUAAGAAUCACUAAUAAAUUAAGGGAAUCUCAGUCAAAUGAUUCGAAUUCACCUAAAAAUUUAUAUCUCAACACUAAUGAUUCAUUCAAUAAAAGAAGUGUUUCUAAUUCUUCUCAAGCUUCACCUUUAAAUAAUGGUGAUUCUUAUAAAGUAACUCCUCAAUCCGCUAGUUAUAAUGGUUCAACCGAUAAUCAACCUUCUAGAUCUUUGGAAAAUAAGGCUUUAACUAAUCAAAAUUUAUCAAAUUUUCAAAAUGAUAAAGCUUCAAAUGGUGAAUACAUUGCUAGUCCAGUGGCAAGUUUACUUAACAAACAAGCUUCUCCAAAUCGUUCAAUUAAUAAUAACAAUAACCCUUCCCCUUCAAAAGAUGGAAAUUAUUCUGACGUUGGCGAAACUCCAACUAGGAUUGGUGUUUUACCAAAUUCUAUUUCUCCAUUAAGAGAUAAUGAAGAUUCACCAAUUAAAAAUAAAGUUAGGUCAAGUGAUACUUCUUUUGAUAAAAGCCCAAAAGGCAGUAAUUCAGUUAAAUCAUUAGCUUCCAAAUUUAAUGAAUCCGAAAAUAAUUCUCCUCAAGAAUUAUCACCAAGAGGUAAAGCUAACUUACAAUCUAAAGUUGGCGAUUCAAUUUCAAAUAAAUCUUCUCCAACUUCUCGUGGUAUUUUUGAUCGCGUAAAGAAAUUCGAAAGCCCAACUGAAGAAUCAAUCAAAAAAGAAUCCCCUUUUAGAUCUUCUCCAAGUCAGUCAAUUGCCAGUAGAAGAAGCUCAUUAGGCCUUGAAGGUGAUGAAAGUGUUGGUCAAAUUAAAAAUAGUCCUUCACAACAAUUCUUAGUGAAUCGCUCAUCGCUUGAAGUUAAAGAUAGCAAAGAUACUCUGUUAUCAGAGCCAUUUGUCGCUGGUGGUAAUGCCAAUUCUAAAGAUAUUUCUAGUUCCGCCAAUAACGGUGAAUCAUCUCAUGCUACUACAAUUGCAGCUUCUCCUGCUGCCGCCGCUGCCGCCGCUGCCUCGGCAACAGCCGCUGCCACAGCAGCCACUACUGAUACUCCUGACUCUGGUACAUCUACUCAAAGUACUGCACCUGCUUUAAAGCCAAGAGGUCUCUUCCAAAGUAUUAGAGAUAGAUUCACCUCCGAUAAUCAAUCUAAGCCAGCAGAAGAUAACACCUCUGAGAUUUCUGAUAAUGAUAGAAAUGAAGUAAGUACUGAAAAGGCCACUUCAACCGCUGAAACAACUCCGGCAAAGGAUACUGACAUGGACCAGUAUGAUUAUAAUGAUUCACAAGAGACUUCUCCAAGUGAAAGAAGUGAACAAGCCUUUUUUCAAAGCUUCAAAGGUAAAUUAACACCUCAUGAAAAUGGUGAAAAUUUUGGCGCUUCAAGAGCCCCAUCCUCCGCUGCUUCUGAUAUUACUAUACGUCACGACGAUUCUAAUCCUGGUAAUGAAAAUAAUUACUCCAAUCCAUAUAUGAAUAUUCAAAAUCGUUCAGUUAAUGGUUCAAGCUUAAAUGAAUCCCCAGUUAAAUCUGGUAAUACUGAAGCUAACAAAGCUGAUGAACCCGGUUCUUCCAAUUCUCAUGUUGGAUCUCAUAAGGAUGAAACAGAUUAUGCCGAAUCGAAGAAUUCUUCACCUCUUAACUCUGCAGCACAUGCUUCACCAUUGAAGGCAAAUGGCGCAUCACCUUUAAAAUCGUCAGCUCAAGCUUCACCCAUGAAUAAUGGAGCACAAGUUUCUUCACCAUUGAACACUGGAGCACACAUUCCAUCCCCAGGCCAAUCCUCACAAUCUCAAACUUCCCCUUUGAAUGUUGGAAGUGCCAAUAUUGAGUCACCAGCUCAGUCAUCACAAUCUCAAACUUCCCCUUUGAACAUUGCCGGUGGAUCUAGUAUUAGAUCACCAGCUCAAUCGCAACAAUCAAUAGGCAAUGAUUCACCACUCAAUGUUGCCCCUCCUAAUGCUGGAGCUUUUGAUGAUGCAUCAUCCAUCUUUAGUGGACCGACCCCAGACUCAUCAAGUCAAGCCAAAUCUCCAUCGAAUGUUCCUGAAAAGGCAUCUCCAAUAAGUAAGAGUGUUGGUUUUGCUUCUUCUCCUCCAACCCAACAUGAAGCAAAAGAUUAUUCUUCAUCAGAAGAAGAGGAAGAAGAAGAUGACGACGAUGAAGAAGAAGAUGACGACGAAGUUGAGGCUAGACAAAGACAAGAAUACCGUAAAUCCAUGGCUGCUGCAACUUUCAAUAUCGAUCUUUUCGAUAUUGAUGAUCCAGAUAAUACUUUAACACACGUGUUACUUUAUUUGGAACAUCAAACUGUUCAAGUUAUUUCUACCAUUCAAUCAUUACUUUCUGCAAUCAAGAAACCAGAUGCUACUCGUGGAGAAUUACGUGAAAAAUCAAAAGCUAUUACUAUUGUUAUUUCUCAAAUGGCUGAAGCUACUAAUACCUCUAUGAAUCAAACCCGUAACUUCCAAUUGAAGAAACAUGGUAGUUGGGUUGUUACUAGUUUAGAGGACUGUAACCAUCGUAUGAAUAUUUUAUGCAGACCAAACUCUGAUAAGAAUGAUGCUGAUUUUGCAGACAAAAACUUCAAACAAAGAUUGGCAGGUAUUUCUUUCGAUAUUGCUAAAUGUACAAAAGAAUUAGUCAAGACAGUCGAAGAGGCUAGUUUGAAAGAAGAGAUCAGCAACCUUAACGCAAAAUUAAGUCAUGAUGAUUUAACCUAA